AUGGAGCUGAAGCCAGGCUUGUCGGCCCUCGUCACCGGUGGCGCCUCCGGCAUCGGGAAAGCUCUAUGCAUUGCUCUUGCAAGGAAGGGUGUGUUUGUGACUGUCAUCGAUUUCUCUGAAGAAAACGGAAGAGAAGUUGUUUCGAUAGUUCAAAAGGAAAACAAACAUAUUCAUCAAUAUGCUAGAGUUCCAUCCGUCAUAUUCAUCAAGUGUGAUGUUACCAAUGGAGAUGCUCUUGCUGCUGCUUUUCGGAAACAUGUGGACACGUUUGGUGGACUAGAUAUCUGCAUCAACUGUGCUGGAUUUGUCAAUAAAUCAUUGGUUUACGAUGAUAAAUCUGAUGGAACUUCCACUUGGAAGCGUGCUGUAAAUGUGAAUCUUGUUGCUGUUAUUGAUGGUACUCGCAUUGCAUCUCAAGUAAUGCGAUCCCAGAAGAAGCCUGGUGUCAUAAUAAAUAUUGGCUCAGUUGCUGGCAUAUAUCCUAUGAGCUAUGAACCUGUGUAUAGCGGGACAAAAGGGGGUGUGGUUAUGUUUACAAGAUCACUUGCCCCACUGAAGCGGCAUGGCAUUCGUGUCAAUGUACUGUGCCCUGAGUUUGUCCAAACUAAUAUGGGAGAACAAGUAAAUCGUGUACUUGUGGAUGCACUUGGUGGAUUUUUAAAGGUGGAGGAUGUUGUUAAUGGUGCAUUUGAGCUUAUAGAAGAUGAGAGCAAGGCUGGUGCUUGCCUUUGGAUAUCUAAACGGAAAGGGAUGGUUUACUGGCCAACAUCAGAAAAAGAAAAAAAUUACCUUGUUUAUUCCUCGAAAUCAAAAAAGGAAUUAGUAAAGAAUAUAUUUCCUAGUAUCCAAGCACCUGAAUACUUUCAGAAGAUGGUUGUUCACACACUCAGCCAUAAUUUCCGGAAUGCUACAAGGCUUGAGCGUGUGUGCCUGAGAUUACCCAUUGAAUUACACAGCGCUCUAGUUAAAAUUAUAUAUGCUGGUGUAAAUGCUAGUGAUGUAAACUUCAGCUCUGGUCGUUAUUUCAGUGCUAAUGGUAAAGACGCUGCUUCACACCUUCCAUUUGACGCUGGUUUUGAGGCCGUGGGAAUUGUUGCUUCUGUUGGAGAUUCAGUGAAACAUAUCAAAGUUGGCACUCCUGUGGCCCUUAUGACUUUUGGAAGCUAUGCUGAAUUCACGCUGGUUUCAGCCAAAAGUCUUAUUCCAGUGCCAAGACCAGACCCAGAGGUGGUUGCUAUGCUAACAUCAGGAUUGACUGCAUCCAUCGCUCUUGAAAAGGCUGGUCAAAUGACAUCUGGGCAGGUUGUUUUAGUCACUGCAGCUGCUGGUGGAACAGGACAAUUUGCUGUUCAGCUUGCAAAAUUAGCAGGCAACAAGGUUGUAGCCACAUGUGGAGGUGAAAGUAAAUCUACGUUUCUAACUUCCUUAGGAAUUGAUCGAGUUAUCAACUACCGAAGUGAAAAGAUCAAAGAUGUUCUAAAGAAAGAGUUUCCAAGAGGGGUCGAUAUCAUAUAUGAAUCAGUAGGUGGAGAAACGUUUGAUGUGUGUCUGAAUGCUCUAGCAGUCUAUGGGCGUCUCAUUGUAAUUGGUAUGAUCUCUCAGUAUCAAGGAGAGGAAGGAUGGAAGCCACAGAAUUACACAGGACUAUGUGAGAAGAUUCUUGGGAAAAGUCAGACUGUGGCUGGAUUUUUCCUGAUUCAAUAUGCGCACCUGUGGAAAGAUCAUCUUGAAAAACUGUUCAACUUCUAUGCUUCUGGAAAGCUAAAGGUUUUCGUUGACCCCAAGAAAUUCAUGGGUGUUGCUUCCGUGGCAGAUGCAGUAGAAUAUCUCCAUUCUGGCAGGAGUGUUGGCAAGGUCGUUGUUUGCAUGGAUCCAUCCUAUGACCAGACCCUUGCUAAGCUAUAA